AUGGCCAAACUAUCUAGAACUACAUCUUUGAAGAAAAGGCUCUCAAACUCUUCCUUUACAAAAUUGUUCAAAGCUAAGCGUAAGAGAGAGGACGAUGAGGAUAGUACUACUGACAGUGCUGAUCAUGAAGAGACCCCUGGGAAGGAGAACAGGGAAAUAGCUACUCCUUCUGCUAAGCGUCAUCGUCCAAUUAGUAAAGAACAACAGGAGUUCGAGAAAAAGGAGGCAUUGCUGGAUGCUGAGCUUCCUGAAGAGCUAAGAAAAUACAGACCUAAAGGUUUUAGGCUUAACAUACCUCCUAAGGAUAGACCUAUUCGUAUAUAUGCGGAUGGUAUCUUUGAUCUGUUCCAUUUGGGACACAUGAAACAGUUGGAACAAUGUAAGAAGGCGUUCCCUAAUGUUGAAUUGGUGUGUGGUAUUCCAAGUGAUGAGGUUACUCACAAAUUGAAGGGUCUUACUGUCCUAACUGACAAGCAACGUUGUGAGACACUAAUGCAUUGUAAAUGGGUGGACGAAGUUGUUCCAAAUGCACCAUGGUGUGUAACACCAGAGUUCCUUGCCGAACAUAAGAUCGACUAUGUAGCUCACGAUGACAUUCCAUAUGUUAGUAGCGAUAGUGACGAUAUCUAUAAACCAAUCAAAGAGCUUGGUAAGUUUUUAACUACCCAGCGUACAGACGGUAUAUCUACAAGUGAUAUUAUUACCAAGAUUAUUAGAGACUAUGACAAGUACUUGAUGAGAAAUUUUGCUCGUGGUGCUACAAGACAGGAACUGAACGUGUCAUGGUUGAAGAAAAAUGAGCUGGAGUUUAAGAAACACAUCAGUGAUUUUAGAUCGUACUUCAAGAAGAACCAAGGUAACUUGAAUAAUGCGUCAAGAGAUCUGUAUUUCGAAGUCAGGGAGAUCCUAUUGAGAAAGACGUUGGGAAGGAAGCUAUACUCAAAGCUGCUGGGAGACAAGCACAUUCCAAGAAGUAUUGCAUUGGGAUCCCUUUCGGCAACCUCAGAUGAAGAAGAGCAGAGUGAUGAUUUGCCUGAGCCAAAGAGAAAGAAGAUGCUAUUGAUCAGAGAACCAUCCCCAGCAACCGAGUUCGCUAGCAAAUACACAGGUGCUAAGGUAACCAAACAAGAAUCGGAGGAGGACGCUGAAUCAGAAGAUAUAAAUGAUGAAGAUGAUGAAGAAGAAGCGGAUGAAGAAGACAGCCAUUGA